AUGUUGGUGUCCGCGCUGGUGCUGCUGCCGCUCCUGCUGCCCUGCCUUCCGGGCCACGGUGAGCGAAGAGCCAUCGCGGCCACUGCCGAGCGGCCGACCCGCAGGAGGCGAGCGGGAGAGGGAGGGACGGGCGCAGGACCUGCUAACCGCCCGGCGCUGCCUGUGACCUCAGGAGGAGAGCGGAUCCUCGCCGCGCCCUCGGACCUGCACUUCCAGGCCCGCGUCUUCCAUCACCUGCUUCGCUGGAAGCCGGGCGCUAAGCCAGGCGGCGGGAUCCUGUACGAGGUGCAGUAUCGGCGGGUCGGCAACGACAGCUGGAGGGCCGCCGCCAAUUGUACCCGGAUCGCGCUCGACUUCUGUGAUCUCACCUGCGAAACGCAGCAGCCCGCGGUUCACUACUUGGCCCGGGUGCGCGCCGUAGCCGGGAACCGCUCCUCCCCCUGGAUACGGACGCGCCGAUUUACGCCUAGCGAAGCAACUCUGUGGCUCUCUAAGGUGACCCUCUCCAGGAGCGGCAACCAGCUCCGUGCCUCCGUGAAGCUUCCCACCAGCUGCUGGGCCAACCUCACUUAUGAAGGCAGCUAUGAGGCAUGGGGGGAAUAUCUUGUCCGAGUCAGAAGAGUGUCCAACAAUCAAGAGCUGGUGCAUGUCCACAACAGCCUGGAAUUUGACCUGCCCCCAUUGCUAUGGGGGGAGCAGUACUGCAUCAGUGUAAAGCCUCGUGUGGCCUCCAGGCCAAAUGCUGCUGACUGGACAGAGGAGCAGUGUGUCUGGAUACCCCCCCUAGAAGAGCACAUUGUCCUUACCCCGAGUUUGGCCCUCCUGAGUCUUCUAAGUCUUGGAAUUCUGGGUGCAGGGCUGGGCUUGGCCUCUGCCUACAAGAAGAAGCCCACAAGGAUGCCUUCAGUCCUGGUAAGACUCCACCCCCCAAAAUAA